UGCAUUGCAAAGGAAAAAUACAUCCAGACUGUGAAGAGGGUAUUUAGAUGUUUUCAAAUUAUAUAUGGUUUAAAAGUCAAUUUCUCAAAAAGUUCUAUUGUGGGAAUUGGCACAAGUAACCAGUAGGUUGAAGAAGGGGCAGCCAAGCACCAGUGCAAAGCAUAAUUUCUCCCAAUCAAGUACCUUUGAAUGCCUCUUGGUGCUAAUUUUAAAAUGGAAAAAACUCGGAGAGCAAUGAUAGAGAAAUUCAAAAAUAGACUUUUAAAACCACGAAGUGUUUCGUCUUUGAAGCCCCAAAUCCAUCGAAAAUGAAGAAAGAAGGACGAUGUUGGAGGAAGGAAGUGGAUGAAAAGCUGAGGCGACUCCACUCUCUGUGCUUCGGCGCCGAUCAUGCGCUUGAGCGGCACGACUAUGAGAGCGCUCACAGUACUCUCGGCCUCAGCCUUGUCGGCUUCCUCGACUCCACCUCUAUCACUCUCGCCAAUGAGUUUCUCGCUCGCCAAAUUCGACUCGAUGCCGCCUCCAAGGUCUACCAGGCUCGCCACGCCCUCACUCCUGAAUCCGAUCGGUUGAAGAGGAAGGAGGUCAUACAAAUACUUUGGGAACGAAAUGUUUCUAUGCGGAAAUCAGCAGGCCUAAAAGUGACUAUCCAAACUCACCUUUAAGCCACGAAGAGAGCAACAAGGAUGUUUCUGGCAAUGGAUUUGUGACUGCAAGAGCAAAACUGCCUCAUAGGAAAUGGAUGCAACGCUAAGACGAGGAUUGACAGGAUCACCAAGUGCAUCUGUCUCCCUACAAAAUGAAAACACGAACAGAACAUUUGGUGCAAGAACAUAUGGUGUUUCACGAGGGGGAAUGCGUGGUAAUUUUGUACCCCCCAUCAACUCCAAUGGGGGAAAUGCUGGUAAUCUGACUUCGCGAAUUGGGGGAACAAGUGGUGAUGUUUAGAUGACUCAACUAGGAGAUGGUGAGUUUUACUGCAUUAUUAAGCAAUGUAGAACAAAUGUAAAGUAAAUAAAAGGUAAGCAACCCUGGACAGGGUUAGAAACAAGUAGGAUGUACUUCUAGGAAUUAAACCUGUGAGCUCUAGGUUGCAACACUGCAACUUUACCAUUAGGCCACAUGUUGGCCUAUAGAUAUUUAGUAUCUUUAAUUUGCUAGUUGUCUUUGAUGUAUCAUUAUUUCUAUAGGUACAAUUGAUAUAAUUAGUGGCCUAUGAAAGAACAAUAUCAUCUAGAGCAAGUUAUAAAGAACUAGGUGCUCUGCUUUCAAAGAGAUUUUUAACUGAGCAUUGUCAUGGAUUCAUCGGAUCAAGUCUCAUAAUUAUA